CCGAGUAGAGGGGGGACCCCCAAUCCAAGUGUGACCCCAAACAGCUGGGACAGGGGGGAACCCCAAACACCAAAGGGGGCAGACCAGAGACAGGGAACUCCUGGGAGGCAUUUUCAGGGAUGAGUCUUGUUGUUUGGGAGGCUUUUAUGGACCCCAGAUGGCUGGUGGUUUGUAGAGAUGGACUUGGGCAGAGGGACCUUCAAACUCAAGGUGCUCAUUCCUUGUUUUUCCCCAAACCAGGAUUUCCCAUUCCCAAACCUUGGCCACAUGGAGGAGGAAGAGGCUUUGAGGAAGAAGAUGAUGCCUCAAGACACCCAGGCAGGGAAGGAGCUGAGGAUGGAGACCAGGGAGGACAAAUCCCCACAGCAGAACCUCGUGGAAGAGGCUGUGUUGAGCGGCUCCAGGGCACAGGAAUCCAACGGGGAAGAAAAGCCCUGGGGAUCUUGCAGGAGGAGGGGCUGCAAACCCAGCCCAGGGUGCUCUGAGAAGGAAAGACCCACCCUGUGCCAGGAAAGUGGGCAGAGCUUCAGCCAGAGCUCAAAGGUGGUGGUCCAUGAGCUGCUUCGUGAUGGAGAGAAGCCCUACAAGUGCUUGGAAUGUGGGAAGAGCUUCAGGCAGAGUUCUGACCUGAUCAGCCACCAGUGGAUCCACACUGGGGAAUGGCCCUACGAGUGUGGGGAAUGUGGGAAGGGCUUCAGGUACAGCUCAGAACUCGUCAUCCACCAACGCAUCCACACUGGGGAGAGGCCCUACAAGUGUGGGGAGUGUCAGAAGAGGUUUCGGAGCAGCUCCCAUCUCUUCAAGCACCAGCGGAUUCACACAGAGGAGAGGCCUUUCUGCUGCCCCAACUGCAGGAAGGGCUUCAAGCAAAACUCCCACCUUGUCAGCCACCAGCGCAUCCACACUGGGGAGAGGCCCUAUGAGUGUGGGGAAUGUGGGAUGAGCUUCAGCUGGAGCUCCAACCUGAUCCGCCACCAGAGGAUCCACACCAGGGAACGGCCCUAUGAGUGUGGGGAAUGUGGGAAGAGCUUCAGCCAGCAUUCCCACUUGAUCUGCCACCAGAGGAGCCACACUGGGGAAAGGCCAUACAAAUGUGGGGAAUGUGGGAUGACCUUCAGUUGGUGCUCCCAACUGAUCAUCCAUGAAAUGACCCACACUGGGGAGAGGCCCUACGAGUGUCCCCAGUGUGGGAAGAGGUUCCAGACCAGCUCCCAUCUCCUCAAGCACCAGCAGAUCCACACUGAUGAGAGGCCCUUCCUCUGCCCUGACUGUGGGAAGGGCUUCAACUGCAACUCCACCCUCAUCACCCACCGGCGCAUCCACAGCCGGGAGAGGCCCUACGAGUGUCCCCAGUGUGGGAAGAGCUUCAGCUGGAGCUCUAACUUGACCAAACACCAACGGAGGCACCAGUAAGGGAAGCCCUGCCACUGCCCCAGCUGCAGGAAGAGCUUUGUGCACUGCCCCAACUUCAUCCGCCAUGGGAGGCCCCACAUUGGUCAGAGCCCUGGUGACCCACAUUCCCUGUGAUCCAUUUUGGGAAGACACUGGGCUGGUUAUUCUUUUGUUUUGGCCCUAAUUUUCUUUGGAUUCAUCUUCAUCUCUUUAAAACAGAGAAAAUUGGGUAAAAAUCAAUAAAUUCAUCAAAGGCUUCUAAA